CCUUCCAUAACCUGUUGCAAUAAUAGUAAACUAAGCGCGACGCUGUUUUGUGCCGAUCGCUGAAGUCUUUUGGCGUACUUUCUGAUUAUACUACUUCUAAGGAAAGAAGAUUGUUACUAAUUUGAUCUGUUAAGAGAAUCGAUCAAAAUGUCUUCAUUGACUAAACCGAAGUCUGAAAUGACACCUGAAGAAUUGGCAAAAAGAGAAGAAGAAGAAUUCAAUACUGGACCACUUUCAGUAUUAACUCAAUCUGUAAAAAAUAACACACAAGUCUUAAUCAAUUGUAGAAAUAACAAGAAAUUGUUAGGAAGAGUAAAAGCAUUUGACAGACAUUGUAACAUGGUUUUAGAAAAUGUGAAAGAAAUGUGGACUGAAUUACCACGUACUGGGAAAGGAAAGAAAAAGGCAAAACCAGUAAAUAAAGACAGAUUUAUUUCAAAAAUGUUUCUAAGAGGAGACUCUGUGAUCCUAGUUUUGAGAAAUCCUUUAGCGACAGCAACAGGAAAGUAAUCCUAUGUGCAUGGGGGUCCAUUACUUUACGAUUUAUACAUAAACAAAAAGUAAAUUUGAAAUAAAUUUUUCAGUUUCAGCUACAAA